AUGGAGCGUACACCAAGAAGGAAAAGCUUUCGUUUCCAAGAGGAGCAGAUCGUGGGAAAAAGCAAUAGCACGCGGAGACCAGUGGUUGAUACAGCGAUGGAUACAGAUGUAACCACCGACCAUACGAACCAGGCACAGCAAAGUAUCCCGAGUACCAGUUCAGCAAGAACAACUAGUGCUGUAAGCAGUAAACGACCUCAGCCUGUCGUGGUGGAAGCUGACCCCGUAGAUCAGCGUGAGGCACAAGAUAACAUUAUUUCUAUUCUUCAGAAGCAAAUUUCGUCAUUGGAAUGUGAGCUGAAAAAGGUACAAGGUAAGGUUAGGGAAAGUGAGGCGCAAAAUUGCCAACUUAAAGUGGCGCUUCAUGAACACGCAUCGUCGCUUCCCGUUAUGUGCGAAACGGUCAGAGAUCCUGUUACAUGCUCCGUUGGUCGCUCAGUGCCAAGCACCGCUGCUCUGCCUGCCGCGCCAAACUUCGACGCCGCUGCCGGCGCCACUCAAGGCGCUAUGACCAACUACGCUGCCGCGAGUAGAGCCGCUCCGACUGCCGCGCCUAACUUCGACGCCGCCGCCGGCGCCAUAACCAAUUACGUUGCCGCGCGUGGCGCAGCUCAGCCUUCCGCGCAAAAUUUUGGUGCCGCGACUGGCGCCGCUCAACCUGCUGUGAGCCAGCACACAUCCUCAAGUAGCGUUGCUCUGUCUACCGUGCUUAACCUCGCCGCUCAGUCUGCUCCAUCGAGCUACGCUGCCGCGUAUGGCGCCGCUCUGCCUGUGGCACCUUAUUUCACCGGCGCAGUCGCUCCUGCUGCAACACCAACAUUUGCCAUCCACACUCCAGUCCCGACACUCACUUCCGGCGCUUGCGUUCUUCCAUUUACUGCAGCGCCAAACACCGCCGCUGCAUCUGCCAUAGCACCUAACUUCGCCGCGGCGCCUGCCGCUGCAACCGCCGUUGCUUCAGCCGCCGCAUUACCAAUCGUUGCUACUACGCUCGCUGCCGAAGCGCACCGCCCACCAAUAGUCACGUCACCAUAUACCGCCGAGAUUUAUACCUCCCUGCCGCGCACUGCGGGCACCUAUACCACCAGCGCUAGUUCCUACGGAGCCUCAGCAGCUCCUUCAGCGAUUGCCAGUGCUACGCAUGCUGGCCUUGCCAACGCGUUUAUUAGACCUUCGUUAUCAGUAAAUGACCAUUCCAUCGCUCCAGUUUCAGCUACCCCAGGUAUGCCCUUUGGGGUGAUGCAACCUCGAAAACUCCAAGAUUUGCCGGAGUUCGGUGGUCUAGCCGAAGACUGGCCACAAUUCAUAACCGCGUUCACUCAGUCAACGUCUGCAUAUGGAUACACUGAUCUUGAAAACAAUCAGCGCUUGCAGAAGUGUUUCAAAGGCGAGGCUAGAGAAACUGUGAAGUCCCUACUAAUAUAUCCGAACCAUGUCAGUGCUAUUAUCGAACAUUUACGCUUUCGUUUCGGGCGCCCUGAGCAGCUCAUUCAAAGCCAGCUUGCUCUCCUGAAAGAUAUAGCGCGGAGUUGUGAAGUUAAUACCGUUCGCGUCAAAAGUCAGAAACUUGUCAGCAUUUUUGCAAUCCGCUGGGGGUCACCAACAUUUAGCUAA